AUUCUUCCUAUCCUAACACUGUCACUCUACAAGUAGUAGCUCAUAUGAACUAUGUACAAGGAAGAGGAGGAGGUGGCCGACUUGGAACCUGUGCUACGGCAGGACUGAUAAAUCUGUACCUUUUUGGUCCAGAGGCUGUCCCUGUAUUCCCAGUGUUGAAAGAUACAAGUACCCAAUAUAAUCCUCUGGAACAGAUUCCGUGGAACAUGUAUGGUCUGAACAUUCAUGCCACUAGUGCUUCAAUGGAAGACAGGUUCUCCAGUCAUUGUGCUGCUCUGCUGGAGUCUACGGUGCCACAAACACACAAGAAGGUUGACAGCAAGUUUGCUCUCUUUAUCCAUGUCCAUUUUGGGAUCGACGGUCAGCCUAUACAGGCUAAGCUAGAUUUUUGUGCAUGGUUCCAAAAGAAUUAUCCCAGUAUUUUAACGGACCAUCAACAGGAGAUAGACAAGGUUAUUUCAGGAGUAGUGGCCCGCCUACUAAAGCCAGACAGGGACACGGACAGAAAGACAGAAUGUUACACCAAGGCGAUACCCAACAUGGUCAAGUCUAUUUCCUAUAUCCUGUCCCACAGCAACAACGAGGAGUUUCGCCAACAGUGCUUCAGUCUUCUUUCGGUUAACAAUAGUCGAGUUGUGGAGUCUGAGGUCACGAACAGAUUAUGGAACAUCGCCAGUGAAAGGUGUGGAGUCAGAGGUCAGACAAAGGCAAACAAUCAUUCCCCAAUCAAGACCAACUCAUCAAAGUCAGAUUCUGUAGGUUGUGCUCUUACCAAUCCAAACCAUGAUGAAGCCUCCGCAGGGACGAGUUUCACAGACCCAGAACAAAAAUCAGCCGAGGGUGGAUUCUCGAACCUAGGGCAAGAGACUUCAGGAGAAAGGAGUUUCACAGAUGGAGCUAAAGAAACCUCCAUUGGGAGUAGUUACACGGACCUAGAGCAUGAAAUAUUUACCAGUUAUUGUACGGGCCAAGGACAACAAACCUUUAAUGAAAGUAGUUUCACAGAUCUAAGAAAUGAAAUCUCUGCAGAGGAUGGUUUCACAGAGGGAAUAAGGCAAGAAACCAUUACUGGCAGAGCGCAAGAAACUUACGCAGAAAAUUUUACUAACAGUGGAUUCACAGAAAUAAGUCAAGAAUAUUCUACAGAGGGUGAAUCUGUAAAGAUUGAACAUGAAAAUUUUACUGGAAGUGGUUUCCCUUUUGCAGUACCAUAUACCCAUACAAAAGCCAGUUUCAACACCCCAGAACGAGAAAGUUCCAAAGGGAGUGAUUUCACAGAUCAAGGACAAGAAACCCUUACAAGAAGUGCUUACUUGGGCCUUGGACAUGAUAUUUCUGUGGGGAGUGGUUUUUUUGGCCUUAGACAUGAAACUUCUGCAGGGAGUGGGGUUUUUGGCCUUGGACAUGAAACUUCUGCAGGGAGUGGUUUCUCAGGCCUUGGACAUGAAACUUCUGCAGGGAGUGGUUUCUCAGGCCUUGGACAUGAAACUUCUGCAGGGAGUGGUUUCUCAGGCAUUGGACAUGAAUCUUCGACACCGAGUGGUUUCUUUGGCCUUGAGCAAGGAACUUCUGCAGGGAGUAGUUACUCGGGCCUUGGACAUGAACCUUCUGCAGGGAGUAGUUACUCGGGCCUUGGAUAUGAACCUUCUGCAGGGAGUGGUUUCUCAGGCCUUGGACAUGAAACUUCUGCAGGGAGUGGUUUCUCAGGCAUUGGACAUAAAACUUCGACACCGAGUGGUUUCUUUGGCCUUGAGCAAGGACCUUCUGCAGGGAGUGGUCUAAUGGUACACACAACACCUCUGAUAAGGACAGACAAGAAUUUUACACAGGAUGAUAGGUGUGGUUUUGGCUUAUCAAACCUGGCAGAGUCUUCAAGGACAGAGUGUUGUGGAGAAUUCAUCAGGCGUAGACAUAUUGGUGAUCACUGCAGUCAACCUCGUCAUUUCUCCAGUCAAAUCCAUGCUCCUAGUGUAGGUACACAAGGAAGGCUAUGUGGAGACAGUAUGAGCAGCAUACAUCAUGGUAAUGAUGAUAACGAAAGCCAAGAAGCUGGGAUGUUCCAUCCUGCUGAUACAUGUACGGGUAUUGGGCCCUCUGGAGAUUCACUUAACCAGGAUGGAUAUCCUCUGUAUAACAGUUGUAAUACUGGAGUGUCCUCUCAACAGGACCAGCAUGUGGCAAACACAGACUGCUUCAAUGACCUUGGACAACAUCGAAUGACAAUAGAUAAUUUGAAUUUCAGUACAGGCCAAGCCAGAGAUAAUUAUUCAAUCCAGGGGAAUGACCUCGAUGGGCAGGAUCACAAUACUGGUGCUGGUGAUUCAUUUGAUGAUGUGCUGGAGAACGUACAACAAUGGCUGGACGAAUUUCAGUGCAAGAACAUUCCAAAAUAGUUUAAACUACAUCCUCAAAUAAAAUGUGAUUGAAGUUAAAACAUCUGUGAUAGAAGCUGGUAUUUUCUGAAAUUGUUA